UCUCAGAGAAGUGACGUGUGUUAGCGGCUUGUCUGGUGACGUGUCUCUGCUCUCCCUUUUCUUACGGAGCGGCUGGAUGGAGCCACACUGACUCCACUGAGCACUCAAACUGGUACCAGGAACACGGCAGGGCUCGGACUAAGGACACCAUGGGGAUUAAAUUUCUGGAGGUCAUCAAGCCAUUCUGUGCGGUCUUGCCAGAAAUUCAGAAGCCAGAAAGAAAGAUUCAAUUUAGAGAAAAAGUACUAUGGACUGCCAUCACACUAUUCAUCUUUCUGGUGUGCUGCCAGAUUCCUCUCUUUGGCAUCAUGUCUUCAGAUUCAGCAGAUCCCUUCUACUGGAUGAGAGUAAUCCUGGCUUCCAACAGAGGUACUCUGAUGGAGCUGGGCAUCUCUCCCAUUGUCACCUCAGGCCUCAUCAUGCAGCUGCUUGCUGGUGCCAAGAUCAUUGAGGUGGGAGACACUCCGAAAGACAGAGCCCUCUUCAAUGGAGCUCAGAAAUUGUUUGGAAUGAUCAUCACCAUUGGACAGGCCAUUGUAUAUGUUAUGACUGGCAUGUAUGGAGACCCUUCAGAGAUGGGUGCUGGGAUAUGCUUGCUCAUCAUCAUCCAGCUCUUUGUUGCAGGUCUUAUUGUCUUGCUGCUGGAUGAGCUGCUCCAGAAGGGCUAUGGUCUGGGCUCGGGUAUCUCUCUCUUCAUUGCAACCAACAUCUGUGAGACGAUCGUCUGGAAGGCCUUCAGCCCCACCACUGUCAACACUGGCAGAGGUACUGAGUUUGAGGGAGCCAUCAUUGCUCUCUUUCAUCUUCUGGCCACCCGCACGGACAAGGUGCGCGCCCUGAGAGAGGCCUUCUACAGACAAAACCUGCCUAACCUCAUGAACCUCAUCGCCACCGUCUUUGUGUUUGCAGUAGUCAUAUACUUCCAGGGCUUCAGGGUGGACCUGCCCAUUAAGUCCGCACGCUACCGUGGUCAGUACAACACUUACCCCAUCAAACUGUUCUACACCUCCAACAUCCCCAUCAUCCUACAGUCUGCCCUGGUCUCCAAUCUCUACGUAAUUUCCCAGAUGCUCUCGACACGUUUCAGCGGCAACUUCCUUGUCAACCUCCUGGGAACCUGGUCUGAUGCCACGAGUGGUGGACCAGCUCGGGCCUACCCAGUAGGAGGUCUCUGCUACUACCUUUCUCCUCCAGAGUCAUUUGGUUCUGUUCUGGAUGACCCAGUUCACGCUGUUAUCUACAUUUUCUUCAUGCUCGGCUCCUGCGCCUUCUUCUCCAAGACCUGGAUUGAGGUCUCAGGAUCCUCUGCUAAAGAUGUGGCGAAGCAGCUGAAGGAGCAGCAGAUGGUAAUGAGGGGACACAGAGAGACCUCUAUGGUGCAUGAGCUCAACAGGUACAUCCCCACAGCUGCUGCCUUUGGUGGCCUCUGCAUAGGAGGGCUGUCUGUCAUGGCUGACUUCCUGGGUGCCAUUGGUUCGGGUACGGGAAUCCUCUUGGCUGUGACAAUCAUCUACCAGUACUUUGAAAUCUUUGUGAAGGAGCAGAGCGAAGUGGGCAGCAUGGGAGCUCUGCUCUUCUAGAAAAUACCAACCUUCUGACACACAUUGGACACAAAGCAUCCACCCCCCAUCAUUUAAAAAAAAAUUAUAAUUUUUUGCAUCGUUUUGCAAUUCGCACAAUCAGUACCUUCUGCACCUGGGAUAGGUAAUUUUUCUCCACCACUUGAUUUCCACCAUACCACUCUAGCAUGUCAAUGCUGAGAAAACAGGUUCAGUUACUCCCAGGGUUAAGCAUAGUAUUGUGUCUCUUCAGUCCUUUUACUCCAGUAGCUGUUACCCAUGUCUUUGCAGGCUGCCUAAGUCCCCACAGACUGUCUUAUCAGCUGGAAAAUGCCUAAAAGCACGCUAGUGUGAGGUGCCGUCUUUGACUUACCUCAGGCGUUGUUCAUUACUGCAUGUUCAAGAAACACUAUAAGACAGCGGCAACAUGUUAGUGCUUAUUUUAAGCUGAAAGCACAGUGCCUGGACAAUUUUGGGGAGUUGAAAGAAAGCCAUGUCAUGUUCAUCACAGGUAGCAAUCAUGCUUGAGGUUUCUUGAUAGUAGGAUGUGAAAAGUAUAAACAAAAUAUACUUGUGGUCCUGAUAAGGUUUCUAGUAAUCUCAGACAAGCUGUUGAUGGUUUUAAUUUACCUUUUUAUUUUGAUAUUUUAAAUGAUGGACUAUGUUUAUAUUCACUCUGGUCUUAUGUAGGGCACAGUGUUUGCCCUCUUUGUCUCUGGGUCUUCAAAGGAAGUUGUUUGUCUGUGUCAUGCUCUUUUAUUCUCAGACUGAAUCGCUGCACAACACUGCCGAGGUGAUCGGGAGGAGGGUGGGUUUGAUAGGGAUGAAAAGGGGUCUCAUUUUGGUUUUUACUUUAUGUAACAGACAUAAUUGUGUUAUUAAAAAAAAAAAAACAGGACCUUUUUUCCAACACACUU